GCGCGGCGGCGCGGCCGGCCGGCGCUGACUCCCGGAGGCCGCCGUCUGGCCGAGGUGUCCUGAUGACUUCUCUUGCGGACCAUGUCCAUGAUCCUUUUUGCCUGUGUGGUAAGGGUGAGGGAUGGACUACCCCUCUCAGCUUCCACUGACUUUUAUCACGCUCAAGAUUUUCUGGAAUGCAGGAGACAGCUCAAGAUGUUAGCCUCGCGACUGGCCCAGUAUCCAGGUCGUGGCACUGCAGAAGGUCUUCACUUCAGGAUACACUUUUCUUCUUCAGGGCAUGUGGCCUGCAUGGCUAUCUGCUCCCACCAGUGUCCAGCCGCCAUGGCUUUCUGCUUUCUGGAGACCUUGUGGUGGGAAUUCACAGCUUCCUAUGACAACACCCACAUUGGCCUAGCUGUCCGGCCAUAUGCCUUUCUGGAAUUUGAUAGCAUCAUUCAGAAAGUGAAGUGGCAUUUUAACUAUGCAAGUUCUACUCAGAUGGGGAGCAGUUUAGAAAAAAUUCAGGAGGAGCUCGCGUUCCAGCCUCCAGUGGUUCUCACUCUGGCAGACACAAACAUGGCAAAUGGGAUGAUGAAUGGUCACACGCGGAUGCACUUAGAGCCUGCUCCUACUUUCCGAAUGGAACCAGUGACAGCCUUGGGCAUCCUCUCCCUUAUUCUCAACAUUAUGUGUGCUGCUCUGAAUCUCAUUCGGGGAAUUCAUCUCGCAGAACAUUCUUUACAGAUGGCCCAUGAGGAAAUUGGAAAUAUUCUAGCUUUUUUUAUUCCUUUUGUAGCCUGCAUUUUCCAGUGUUAUUUGUACCUGUUCUACAGUCCUGCCAGGACUACGAAGGUGGUGCUGAUGCUGCUUUUUAUUUGCCUGGGCAACAUGUACCUGCACGGACUAAGGAACCUCUGGCAAAUCCUUUUCCACAUAGGAGUGGCUUUUCUGUCUUCCUAUCAGAUCCUGACAAGGCAGCUCCAGGAAAAGCCAUCUGACUGUGGAGUGUGAGGACAACAUCAUGAGAUGAGUGGAUCCUUUGAUUUCCUUUGAGGGUCAUCUGUGAUUCCCUUUUUGCUUCUCAACUUCACCUCAAGCUUCCACCCUUGAAGUUCCUUCUACCAAACUGGACUAAUAAGCUGAGAAUUGGGGGUUUCUAAGAGGUGCAGGUGAAGGCAUUGGGUUGGCUUGAUACCCAGUCCCUGUUGUGUGCUGAGUGUGGCUGCAGAAGCUCCUGGUCAGCACGUUUACUGAGGAUGGUGGAAUCUGAGGGCUUAAUCAGAAGCAGCAUUAUGGAAGAUCAGAAUGGAAUUAUUUUGGUCUUUUAAAUUGAAUGAGGCAAUAAACCACUAGAUUUAGUAACACUAGUUAUAGUAAUUGGCAGUUGUCUCCAAGGACCACUUUAAAAUCCAUAUCAACUUUUCACUCUAAAUGUGACUUGGUAAGUUUUUUUUUUUUUUUUUCCAAGAGGAUGAGUACAGGGUGAAUUUAAAACUUCAAGCUAUGAUUUCAUAAAUAUAAGCCAGAUAAAUUUUGUUUACAUUUUUUGAUAAUUUGGGUCCUAUGUAAUACCUUUAAAAUACUUUAAUAUAUUUUGAAUAUAAAUUGAACUUAUUUUCAUUUAGGGAAGGACAUAGUUAAGAUCAGACAAUGGUUAAGAAAGCUGAGCUUACUUAAUUUGUACAUAACCUUUUAUGGUGGUAGAACUGUAUAGGUACAUACAUGUUCUGUAUUUAUUUGAAGGGUAUAUUUGAAUAUUUUAAAAUUUAAUUGAGUAGCCAAUACUAGUGAUCAUAGGCUUAUAAGCAUGAGCAGAAAUGAGAACUUUAGGAUUCCUUAUAGGUGGCUACAAACUGGAGUCGGUGAAACACAGGAUUCACAAGCGGCACUUAACACACCCCGGUGGGAGAGGCGCUGUCGUCAGCCCCACAUGUAGCCGCCGAUUGCCUGUCACUUUAAUGAUAACAUAUCCUCGAUCCUGUGUAUCUGUCCCCAGAGGGUCUCCCACUCAUCUUCAUUAGAUCAAGGGCCUCAUUUUUUUUUAAUGAGCAAGCGUUAAGUGGGUGUUAACUUUUUAAAGUCCUUAUAAAACAUAUCAUUGAUCCUGUACUCUCAAAAUUUCUUUUCUCACUCUCAUUGUCAAAAUACUGAUUAGUCAUCGUUUUCCAAAAUGUGGUUCUGAACAAGGUCUCUUCCAUCUCCAGAAAUUUCAGCCUGGGUUGUCCAGUACCAUUCUGGAGGCCAUUUCAGGAGUUUGCCCUUUAGAUUGUUCUUGGUAGAAGUCUGGAAUCUAAAGAAUUCAACCACAACUGCAUGGGAUGCUUUGGGAUGAAAUAUGUGGUUUUGAUAAAUUUUUAAAGACUCUAUUUUGAUAGCUUUUAAAGGUUGAAAGCCUUUGCAGCAGUUAUUGAGUUGAUAGGGAAAGUAAAAAUAUCCUUUUAAGUUCACUUGCACUUGGUUUUUGUUAAUUGGUGGUGUAUUGUUAGCGAGCAACCUUGGUAUCGCUUGAAAAAAAGUUUACGUGACUGGUAACUGUGUUGGGAAAAAUGUUGCCAUAGUAAUUUUAUUUUCUUAUAAUAGAAAUGUUCUAUUUUUAAGCAAGUAUCUGGACAUGAAAGUUACUUUGGCAACAUCCUCAGAAACUUCAAAGUUGUCUCUCCAUUGAUUUUAUAACUCCGUAGUUUUCUGCAUGUCUGGCAGGUGAAUUCUCAGACUUUCUGGGAGAUAAUUUUGAAGAGAUGGUAAAGUAGAAUGGGAAGUCAAGGAGCAGAGACAAAUCCUUUUAGGUUAGAAGCACAAAAAAGAGGGCUUUAAGACUUGGUAAGAAAAGCUUAAAAAUUUCUUCUCCAGCCCAUGGGGGUGGUGUUGCCAUGUGCCCCAUAUUCCAGGUGCUCUGGGGGGGUGGGGGGUGGGCUGAGCCUGCGAUCCAUAUUCAGUGAAGAGUAAAGAUUGAUACUGGAGCAGGAGCUCCUCCUAGGAAUGCUUCCGGUACACGAGGCUCUAGUGGACCUGUUAUCCAUACUCUGUUGGAUGUGCUUUUUCAAUAGCUACAUGGGAUUUGAGAUUUACAUUUGAAAACUAAAGGGAAAAGACACACUAGAUAAACAGUACAAAAUAAUGACUACAUAAACUCUAACCAAAAGAAGCCUCAGCUCACUGGAGCAAGUGACUCAUGAUAGGAAAGAAAUCCUAGAUACUUUGUCCAAGGGAAUUACCUGGUUUAGGGUAGGCUUGAUUCGGGCCUCUAGGCCCCUGUGUCAUCCUUGAUGCCAGAAAAUGGCUCCACAGCACAGGCCUCACUCCACCAGGGACUCCCUGCCGUGCUAGCACCUUUGUUUUCCCAGUAGUUAAAUACCACCUGCCCAACCGACCUCACAGGGCUCUCUCUGGGAAUAGAUGAAAUACUGCUGAAAACAAAACCUCAAAAGUGCCUUCCGGGAUCGGAUGCUGCUAGCUCUUGGCCAUCAGAAUGUGUUAUGUCCCACCUACUGUUUCCGGCAGGAAUGUGGCUCAGUGGUCUGGGACAGUUUUCCGAUCAAGCCACCAAAGUCCAGAGGGUCCCCCUCCCCAGGUGUGCCGAUGAAGCCAUAGACUCUGGCUUUCUUUUCCCCAGGGUAGCCCGACUGUGGCAAGACUGUUUCCUGAGUAGAGACUGUCAAGGACACAUUGCAGGUUGUAUACCCCCUGGGGACUUAGAGACCCCACUGUCUGCAGUGGGCGGAACGUGCCCGCCCUUCAGCUUUUACUGGACCCCUGUCAUCUGCAAACUCUGUGGACAGGCAUCAAGAAUCAAGGCCUGGCAUUUUAAGGGGUGGGAGAUGGGUGUCAGGAGUGCUGGGAUGAAGACAUUGAAUCAUCAUCUUUGUCCUCCUCACCUUGAGCUCCCUUUUCUUUUCCUAGGUGCCCCCAUUCUCCAGGUCUCCCCUGCCUCUUUCCACCUCUGCCACACACACCCCAAUCCUGGGAACAGAAGCUACAAUUAGAGUCUCUGGAGGGGCUGGAAAGCCACCUUUAAGUGUCAUCAGUAGGGUGGGCGUAGGAACUCCAAGUGGGAGCAGAUUGCUCUGGGGCCCACCCCAUCUCCUGAGCACCCCAAGGAGCACCUGUGUAUAUCUGGGAAUCGUGUCUUGGAUUAGCACUUUUGUGGUCGGCACAUCUCAGAGUCAAAGACAGCAGCUAGCAAGGCUAGCUGUUUAGGGCGCAGGAAGCAGGUGAUAGGCGGGGAGCAGCGCUGGGCGCUGUCUGUCUGCUGGAGACAAUACAGCUGCCCCAUGGCACGUGGGGACCACAUGCUGCACUUUUGUCCUGGUUGCCAUUUUCUGUUCUUCAUUGUGGGGGGCGUGGCCCUGGAGCCUGCUGCUUGCAGUGUGGCGCAGGUGAGAGCCGGCAGGAUGGGAGUUUUCAUGGAUACCUGAUAUGGUGUCAAGCCCCUGCUCAGAUGUUACCUUCCAAAUGUUCUGGUACAGAAUCCCACACGGGUGCAGGGCAGCUCCACUAAGCACAGGAGUGCUAAUAGCGAUAGAGGAAGAGACUAUGUGCCCUUGAGAGAUGAGGGAGGCGAGGAGUGUCCUGGUCAGUUGGUCAGAAGGUCUGGAGAGUGACUUGGCUCUUCCACUCAGUCCUGUGCCUCAGUGGGCAAGUCACUGCCCAGGCAGCCCUGGUUCAGUAUUGAUAACAUCACGCAGCCUUCUGGCCUGUUGUCACAGGCAUCAAAGGGAUAGUGAGGAGUAUACUGGGUGAAUCCGUUGUUUCUGUACAGAAUGGCUUUGGGUUCAUGUGGAGGUUCUGCAGGCUUCAGGCAACACAACCAUGCCUUUUAGCUUUCACACAAAAGGGCAUUUUUUAAUAAUGCAAUGUCAAUGGCCUUUUUUUUUUUUUUUUUUUUUUGCACUCCAGACAGCAGGUCGAGGAGGCCUCUCUUCCUUCCCCAGAACUACACCUUCCUUCCAGGCACAGAGCCCUUGGGACCAGAGGCUUUGGGUCUGCUCCAGCGCCCAGGGUACCUGGUUCUGCAGUUUGGGCCAGACCUCCAGGUCUGUUCUGACCCAAAUGUGAAGAGUUCUGAUUAUCCAUCUGAAAGCAGUGAUGUCAUACUGCUGUUGCUGGGGAAACCUCACUGGCAGAGAACCUGUGGAAAAGGGCUUGCCAGUAAAAUCUGGGAAUGGCCGGAUAUGGAAACAUCUGCCCAUGUGUACCUGUGGCAGAGCUGUUGCCCAUAAGCGCCUUUUAUUUAGGGUAAAAUUACUAAAUCUAUUCUGUUCCUCUAAUCUGUGCUUGAUACCGCCUUUAACCCUUCCGUGAUUCUGGGGUUGCUUCAGACGUAUUAUUUAAUAAAUCCUUCAUAUCAUUUGACCCUCCCCCCAGGAUUCUAUUUUGUUAUUUUAAAGAUUGAGGCUGUUUUAACCAGGGCAAAACCAUUUACUUCCCAUAUUCAUUUUGAAGGCUUGCUGUCCAUGUGACACAGCUUUUUACAUUUUCAUGUAAUAAUAAAGAUCUAUUUUGAGUAAAUGAUGAGUAUGUUUUAACAAACUUUCACACAGUAGUGAAACCUAAACUUAUGUUAAUAUAUGUAAAGAAUGUUGUAUCGCCAUUUAUAUACUAUGUAUAUAUAAAUUAAAUGCGGUGGUUUCAGGAGUGGGAGAAGAAUAAAUCUAAGGUGCUUAUUAACUUGUAUUUGUGUGAACAAUUAUUAUGAGUCGAGUCCAU